AUGAAGCAUGUUCUGGCCGCUGCAACGGAGAAGCAAUUUUCCAAUUCCGAAUCGGGAUCGGAUUCCGAAUCAGGAUCAGAUUCCAAAAGUGAUUCUGAAUCAGGAUCAGAUUCCAAAAGUGAUUCUGAAUCGGGAUCCAAGAAGGUUGUGACGAAGACUUUUGUUGCCGCCACAAAGGAGAAGGACGAGAGGGUUGAGACGAAGCCUUUUGUCGCCGCCACAACGGAGAAGGAUUCUGAAAGUGAUUCUGAAUUUGAGCCCGAGAAGGUUGUGACAAAGCCUGCUCUUGCCGCCGCAAUGGAGGAGGAUUCAGAAAAGAAGGAUUCUGAAAGUGAUUCCAAAUCUGAACCCGAGAGGGUAUUGACGAAGCUUUCUGUCGCCGCCGCAACGGAGAAGGAUUCCAAAUGUGAUUCUGAAUCUGAACUCGAGAAGGUUGUGACUCUCGCUGCCACAACGGAGAAGGAUUCUGAAUCUGGCUCUCAAUAUGGAUCCGAAGAAGGUGCUUCCGAGUAUGAAUCCGUUGAGCUUGUGACAACCAAGCGCCCUAUAAAUGAAUCCUCUGUGAAAAAGCGCUCACGCUCCUGUGAGUCAGACAAAGGAGGAGUGUCUGUGUGA